UCCAGACACUCGUGUCACGAUCUGAAGCAGCAUCACACUCUUCUGCUGGGAUUGGGCUCUUCUGGAAACUGGUCUUUGGAGAAAUGAUGCUGAUCUUUGGACUGAUGCUGCUGCUGCAAACUGCUGCAUGUCUGGAUAAGUUCUGCAGGUUUAAUCAGUCUGUUCCCUGUUACGCAGCUCUGCGACACAAACUCAAUGUGCUGAUGGUGCAGGACGCUAGAAAAUAUGACGAUAUGAAGAUACAAAAGAGAAUAAACUACAGCAAAACAACUGAUCCAGUUUGUAGAGUAAAGAAUGGCAGGGUGAGGAAUUGUGAUCUUUAUAGUAACAGAACUGAAGUUGCAGUCAUUAAUGGGACUCUGAUAAUAAACCGUGUGAUUAGAGCAGAUUCAGGGAAUUACACUUUAUCUCUCUAUCAUUGCUCAAACUGCUCAGAAACAUCCACAGAUCUUCAAGUGAAUGUUGAAGCUCCUAUUGGCUCAGUGGAAGUGUCAAUCAGCUGCUCCUCCAGUGGGGCGAUGAGGGUUUUCUGCUCCUCUGAGGGCGAUCAGAUCCUCUACAGCUGGACUCUGAAUGGAGGUCCACUGAUGGAUGGAAACGCCAGCAUUGAUCUGGAUGAGGGAACUGAUGGAAACAUCAGCUGCAGUGCGAAGAACCACGUCAGUCACAGACAGAAGACUGUUAGUGUCCAACCCUGUCCUGUCUUACAUGUCUCUCUGAUUGCUUUGGGCUGUGUUGCGCUGAUCCUGUUUCUGCUGUUCAUCACCGUAUAUCACAUUUACAAGAAAAAACAGGUCAAGUCGACACCAGAAUUACUCCCGGCUGCUGAUGUGGAAUAUGUUGAGAUCCAACCGCAGAAGAAGAGGAAGGAGAGGAAAGAGAAGGAGGAAGAGGUUCAGUAUGGCGAGGUGACGUUCACUCUAAACCUCUCAAGCGCUUACACACGGCCUCAGGAGGAGUGUAUUUAUUCUCAGUCUGUUGUCCGAGGUGGUUUGCUGAUCAUAUCAUGUGACUUCCUGCGUGUGAAAGGAAGCAUCUCAUGCCUUCUCAGUGCAAAAGGUUACAGAGAUGGAGAUGCUGCUGCUGCAUCUUCAUCUUCUUCCUCCUUCAGCAGUGUCACUUUACCACAACCAGAUGGCUAA